AUGGACCUUUAUGCGAUGUUGCCGGGAUACCAGCGGCCAAAGACGCCACUGGAGGACGAGCCCCGUACUUUAAAUUGCUCAGACUUCGGAUCUUCACCGCUGGAGAGCCGCGUGUCCCUGAUCCCUGGCGAUGCGACCGAGCUACCGCCUGGUGCGGACUGCUACGUUGCCUUUCAAGCUGCCGGCCAAAGCAGAACUCAGCUGCCUGUGCAGGGCAUACUGAGUGAGGUGGAGGACCCUCUACUUCCGGUUUUUUCGGCGUCGGUGCCUGACCAGGACUUUGCCCCCGGCACUGCUUUGCCUGGUGAGCCACGGCGCUUCUUCUUCGAUGCCAUCCCAGAGUUUCCCACGACCGUGGCCUACAGAAAGAAGUACACGCUCUCCGUCUACUUCCUUUCGCAGGACAGCUACUGCGCAGGGCCCAACGGCACCCGACUGUUUGCAGAGUCAGUGAAGGAAGACAUGCUCGCUCAGCAUGUCUACAUCGAGGACGGGACUCAUGAGACUCGAGAGGCUGCUUUCAAGCACUACCACUUCACCAUGCUCUGUGGAGAUUUCUCCGAGCAUCCCUUCCCACCAUUGGCCCUGAUCUAUUCGCUGGCAUAUGUGGCACAUGCCAUGGUUCCUGAGCACAUCCAUUGGAAGGCCAGCCGAAUGUUUUUUCAUCUGCCAGAUGCUGCCCAGGGUGUUCGCUCCACCAAAGUUCUGGGAUUGGAGGCCUACUUGGAGCAUCUCAUGGUGGCCAAAUCCAAGGAGAAAAUCAUGGAGUUCAAGGAGACUUUCACGCUUCUAAUGCAGGUCCUGUUUCGCUAUCGAUACGCGGAGCCAGUGCCGCGCCGCGCAGAGGCCAUCGGCAAGCUGGCUGGAGAAGGGCCGAAGUCGGGCCGAGCACUCGAGACAGAGGUUGACGACUUGGAACAGUUCAUGGUUGUCCGGGGCCUUCGUCUCAAGAUGUUUCAGGGCACAGCUGAAGUGGUGCUCGCUACGGACGCGGUAGAGGGUGCAAAAGUUACAAAUUCCGUGGUGGCUAAGAAAGCCAAGGCAGCAAACAAGCCAGGAUACGAUCUUCGCUUCAUCAAGGUGCCCCAAGAAAGCAUCACCCUCAGUGUUCCAGCAGAUUGGCGGGGAAACCGGCCACGAGACUUGUAUUCACUGGAGGUGUGCACCGAGGCAUGGAAGGCGCUGGAACAAAAGCAGAUCGAGAGCAGUGGGGCCGAAAUCCCGGGAAGGACAGCUACGCCGGGCGCGCGGCGAAGUGCAGUUCGCGGCUUGGAGCGAGACUUGAAGGGUUUGAGCCAAGUGUUUGGGGAUGCCGAAAGCGACAGCGACGAGGAGGAGGACGAGCCCGUUCCUCAUCGAAGCCAGGCAGCUUCUUCAUCGCAGGGGAUGCUUCCACCCGGUGCCGCCGGCAAGAAGGUCAAGAAGAAAGACAAGGAGAAGGAGAACUUGCAGCUCAGCGACUUGGUGCGCAGUGGCUUGGAAAGGGGUCAGAGCCCUUCAGAUCUGCUACCAUUAGCAAUGCUCACCAUGCUCAUGAAGCAGGACGGCCAUCGCCGGCGAAAGGAGCGGCGGGACGAUCCCCUUGGUGGCUCCGACUCCGACAGUGGAAGCGAGGGCGAGGACCUCAAUCGCAGCGGGAUGAAGGCUAUGGUGUCGUUGAACAAGAUGCACAAGCGCAUCAUGGAGCGACCUACUCGGAUCUGCGCCGAGUUCGAGAAAGAGAUCGUGGACGAGAUGGGUAUUAUUCCGGGCCAGGCUUGGACGCUGAAGGAGUACAUCCGCCGCCAGGCUUGGGGGAAGUACAAAGGCCUGUACCGAUGCGCUAUCAUGGAUGCAGCUGCCUACGAGCUCCUGCGGAAUGGCGAGCACCAAGCCGCAGCAGCGCAGCUUGCCCAGAACAUCAAGGCCAAGACGCAAGCGGUCAUCCAGUUCGGGGACUGGUCGGCGGCAUGGCUUUUAACUGGGCUCCCGGAUCCUUUAGUGAAAAAGGAGUGGGGCGGAACCAAACAAGAAAUGGCUGUGAUCAGCGACUACCUCAGCGCGUUGGGCAAGCUUCGGAAGAAGGUGCGAGAGGCUCCCCAUGGAGGAUAUCAGGACGAGGACGAGAUCGAGGAAGGGGGUGCCCAAGGUCUUCUACUGGAGCGGUCCGGUACAAAUGUUCCACUUUUUCCGAGUGCCCUGCCCUACCCGGAGGCCCUGUUGCAGAGGGAUUGCUCACCACUCAUCUCGGAGGAAACAGGUUGGGCUAAGGCCUUCGUAAACACGUUGGUGGCCUGGUCCAACUUCGUCAGUUUGGGAUGUCCUGGUGAUGAUUCGGGAGCGCUCGAGCCGCGGGUGGCCUACCGCAGUGUAGAGGGCAUUCGGCCUUUUGCGGAUAAGCUGCUUGGCGAGGUGAUGGAAUUCAUUACGCCAGAACUCCUGAAAGGGACCCUGUCAAGUUCAGGGAAGCGUAAGGAGUUGGAAGACUUAUUGGCGUCAUGUACAGGUGCAUCGUAUGGACACUUUGUCAAGGUUGAUGCGAGUUCUUUGUCUACGGCCCUGCCGGUGGUCGCUGAGCGCGUUGCCAUCCCGGAGGCGGCUGGAGGUGUCGAUCCCUGUUUACAUCUUCCUCCCGACCGGGCGCAGGUCGUUGCGCACAUGGAAGAUCUUCGUCUCCCCGAGGUCGCGUGGAAGGAGGCUGGUGUCGCUUGUCACAGAGUGCCGGUUAGUGAGGAGACCCCGCUCCUUCGAAAACUUUGGAGGGCUGGGAUGAUCACCUUCCUGCCCGAAGCAGAGCUCCCUAGGAAUGAGGCUGGCAAGCUCCUCCUUGGCGGUCUUUUCUGUGUGGCUAAGAACGAAGUUGAAGAUAGGAUGAUCUUUGACCGGAGGCCCGAGAAUGCCACCAUGAAGAAACUGAACUGGGCGCGGCUACCCAAUGGGGCUUGUUUCUGCCGGCUUCUUUUAGAGGAUGACGAAUAUCUCCGAGGUUCAGGCGACGAUCUCAGGAAUUACUAUUACACCCUGGCUCUCCCCGCAAACUGGCUCAGGUUUAACGCUUUCGGGCGCCGUGUGGAGAAGGAGAUUCUCACUGAGGCUGGCCUGGAUGCUCGUGUACCUCAUCGGGCUUGUUUGCGAGUCCUCGGGAUGGGCGAUCUAAACGGGUGUGAUAUCGCUCAGGCGGUUCACGAAGCGGUUUUACAAGGAGAAGGCCUUCUAGAUGGGAAUAGCACCCUAAUCUACGGAGAGCCAGUUCCUCGAGGUCGAGUCUGGGAGGGGAUCUACCUGGACGACCUCCUGGUCACCUACAGGCAUCGCUUGAAGUAUAAGGUCGCCCUUGACGGUAGCUUUGUGCCCCCCGCUCCGCUCCCGCAGGACCCGGAUGUGCUCAAGGUGAAGGCCGCAGAAGUGGCUUACGAGAAGGCGGGCUUGCAGAGAGCUGUGCACAAAGCCUUCCGGAGCGUCGUGCACUUCAAGGCUUGGGGCGCUCAAGUCGACGGAGUUCGAGGUCGGGCCGGAGCACCUUUGGAGGCACGUCGUCAACUGUGGAACGUCCUGCGCAGGAUCAUCGAGCUUGGUUUUUGUACCAGGGCGAUUUUGCAGAAGGCAUUGGGCUCAGUCUGUUUCUUUUUCCAGUACCGCAGAGAGUUCUAUGCUUUACAACACCAUAUCUAUAAGUUCAUUCGUGGCAUGAAGGAGGGCAAGUGGACGUACCUACCCAAACAUAUUGUUGACGAGCUCCGCUCCAUUGCCCUCCAUCUCCCCUUUGCAACAUGGUGCAUGAGGCGGUCGCUGGGGCACAACUUGAUUGCCUCCGAUGCGACGCCUACGACGGGCGGGGCAACGAUAGCACCGCUACCGAGGCCUAUUGCUCAGGAGCUUUGGCGACUUUCGGAUGCAAAAGGUGCCCCAGUCCGCCUGGAUAAGGACUCGGACUUUGCCUGGCAUGCCACGGUGCCACAGGAACCAAGCAAAUUCGCCAGCUCCCUAGCGGAGUGUUUGCAGUGGGAGGUGAUCUCGAGCUACACGUUCCGCCAAACUUCACACAUUAACCUACAAGAGCUGAGAGCGUUCAAGCGCGAGCUCUGCAAGGUGUGUGCGCAGUACUCCGAAGGAGGCAGGGUGCAGCUCUUCAUCAACGAUUCACGGGUCGUCGUAGGAGCGGUCUCCAAGGGCCGCUCUUCUUCGUUCAAAGUGAACGGGUUGUUGAGGACGCUUAUCCCGCAGAUGCUGUUUGGAGACGUUGCUGUGGCAUUGCUGUGGACUGAGACAUCCUCCAACCCAGCAGAUUUUCCCUCUCGCUUCACUCCGCUCCCGGCUCCCAGGCCUCCGACUCGGUGGAUGCAGCGAUGGGGCUUGGGGCCGAAGGGUGGAUGGGGUUUGGAGGUGUUUACGAGUUCUGCGCGCAUCACUACGGCUCAUCGUGAGGCCGGAUGCGCUAUGCACAUGCCGAGCGGACUUGGUGAGGGCCUCGAUGUCUUCAGCGCCGAGCUGGACACUCUCAUCCUCAACGGGAGUGUAUUGUGGCUGUGGCUGACGCCGCCUUGCUCGUCUUUUUCGCCUCUCCGAAACUUGAAACCCUCAGGUCCUCUGCGACCCCGUGGCCUUCCCGAAGGAGAUGAGCGUAUCGACGAGGUUGCGCAGGGGAACAGAUUCUGGAGACGAGCGUUGGAGCUUGUUAGCAUGAUCCGGUCAGUUGGAGGCUAUUUCUGCUUGGUGCACCCCGCGACUUCGAGGGCGUGGAGCUUAGAUGAGACGCAACCCUUACUUGCUGAUGAGUCAGUGCAGCUGCGUCGAGUUAAUUGGUGUGCCUACGCGGAUUGUGGUCGGGCGGAGCUCCCCGCUAAGAAACCCACCCGGCUGUGCUUCAACUUACCUUCUGUCACCUUGUUGCGAGAGCUGCGAGAGAGUGGAUGCAUGGGGCCGCGGCUGAAAGAUGCCACGCUGACUCCGGCGUACAGGCGGCGGCUGCUGGAAGCAGCUACUGAUCUGCUGAAUCGCGCGGGGCGCGUGAGUGGACGGCGGCUCACUCGACGUGUUGAGGUCAGCCGGUUAGAUCGCUACUUAGAGAAAGCAGUGGAGGAUUGGGGGCACAUCUCUGCCGGGUACGUGGAUGACUUUGAAGAGUUGGCGGGCGCUGUUGCCGACCCGCUCACGGAGGUGCUGCUCGCGGCCAUGAACGUUUUCUAUGGUGGGACAUUACCCUGCCUGUACGAGCCAGUGAAGGGAGCGAUUCACCUGGGAUGGUUGGCGUUGGAAACCCUCGGCUUGGAGCAGGUGGGAUAUACGCCUGCUUCCAUGCGGGCAGGGGGAGCUACCCACGCUUUCAGGGAAAGCGAGAAUCUGGCGGCGCUCCAGUACAUGGGGUCGCGGUACAGCAGCUUGCGCUGGCGCAUCAACAUGUUAGACGGCUUGCUGCUCCGCCGCCUGUUCCAUUACUUGAGCGCGGAGUCCGAGUACACUGGUCCUGAGCUUGCUGCUGAGGGUUCAACUGCGGUUGGCAGGAUUCCUUGCGGGUCUAGCGUGCAGUAUCAUACCGACCAUCGGCUUUAUUUGGUCCUUGUGAACCCUUCGUCACCAGAAAGGGUCGGGCUCUACCAAGGCCAAUGGAAAAUUCUAGAGGCGACAGAGUCGGCAGAUGGCAGAGAGCAUUUGGCAAGAGCACUUCCCGCAUCGGCCCCUUCCGAUGCUAAAUCUGUGAGUGGACCUUGUAGGGCGGCUGGUGUCCUGAUGGAGGCUAUGAAUCAGGCCACCACGGCUUUGGGUGAUGAGGAUAUCAUCUCUGGCCUCAGUGCCGCGCAAGUCCUUGCGGAUAGUUCCACACGGCAGACGGCGACUCGGUGGCGCUCCGGACCCGAAGGGAAGCGGCUCACCGCGCUCUUGGCUAAGCUGCGUGAGGGCCUUGCUGCCGUGUUCCCCACUCAUGUUGCUGCUGACGGACCUCUCCGCCCAGUGCAGGCGCGACCACUGCGAGUUGUAGGGCCCGUGCAGGCCCCACAGGUGGAGCCGAGCUCCGCUCGGGUAUACCUCUUGAGAUGGUGGAGUUUGAGGACUUUGGGUUUGCUGCUUGUGCUGGCAUUCUUCCCUCGCCUCGUAGCCUUUGUACUCGCCAUGGGCGUAAGGAUGGUGGCGCAACUGCUGCUACGCCUCACGGGUCGGCUUCUCCAUGAGCUCUUCGCGCAGAUGUCGGUGCUUGCAGCGGACCUGGAGGCCUCGCUGAUUGAGUGGCUCUAUCAGGCCUGGAUGGAGGGGCCAUCCAACCUUGAGGUGCUGGUAACCGCCCCGAGCGGCACGAGCUCAAUCUCUGCGGCUACGCCUACAGCUUCGCCGUCAACUCCAGCAAUGGUGGGUGCACCACAAGUCACCGUCUCCCUCCCUACCCGCCCGGUGGACUUCCUUACGCUGUUUUUGUUGCUUCUCCAGACGCUUCGCAGCUUGCCCCAUGGGACGCCCCGCCUUUGCAGCAUGAAGAUACUCCUGGCCCCGCAAGCCGCCUGCUGCCUACAGGUGCUUCGGGACACCUGGGGGCGAAGCCUGGUUGAGAAGGCGCCAGCUGUGGUGCAGCGAUUCUUCGUUGGAACAGCAGCCAAUGCGUCCCAUCAGCUGCACGACCUUGACAAGGGCGACGUCGUGGAGCUGCCGGUUGUGGAGUCAUACCGAACUCUAAAUCUGAAGGCACUGGUCAUGCUGAGUUGGGCCGAACAGCGGUAUCCAAACCUGCAGUGGUUGGUGCGGCACGAUGACGACGUGUACCUGCGCGCGCCAGCUCUGCUGGCACAGCUGGCCAGUCGGCCUCCCGUGCGCUAUUUGUGGGGAAUGAUAGACCACGGCUCCAGUCCGGUUAGAGAUCCUGAGCAUCAGCACUACAACUCCUACGAGCAGUUCCCGAAGCAAGAUCAUCCGUCCUGGGGAGACAUCUUCCCACCCUACGCUAGGGGUUUGCUCUGGGCGAUGUCUGCAGAUCUGGUGGCGGCCAUUGUGGAAGCCUUCAAUGCGGAUGUUGAGGAGCGAGCAGGCGAAAUUCUUGGGGAGGCAGCUGCUAACACCGUCCCGCAUCCCGAUGAUCCAGCGGUUGGCGUGUUGAUCGCCGGCCUGGUGCAAGGCGGCAUGUCCAUCAACCUGGAUGAUCGCGAUUUCAACUCUUUCUCCCUCAACCCAUCCUGCAACUCCACCUUCUCCAACAUACACAAUCGCACGUGGGUCGUUCACCAUGUGCAGCCAGAAACGAUGCGCUGCAUGUGGGAGCUCGACACCGCGGAGGCGGCGCAAGGAAUCGCCUCGCAAAACUCUGCAACCGAUGCCUCCAACAGGAUCUUUCCGGAUCUUUGUCUUUGCUCCACGGAAGUGGUCGAGGAAGAGGAUGGCGAAGAGGAGCCCUUCUGGUAUGACCGGUCGCGCUUCAACACCGCUCGGUGA